AUGGAUAAGUGGGUUUGGACUAAAGAAGGUUCGGGUUUGUACUCGGUUAGCUCGGCUUAUGAAUACAUUCAGGACAAAUCAACAAGGGCGGAGGCAAAUAAAUUGUGGACUGCCAAAGCUCCUUCAAACGUGGUAGCUUUGGCCGGGAAGGUUUUGGUGGACAGGAUUCAGACCAAGGCUUUCCUUGAUCGAAGGAAUGCUCUCCCUAAUGGUUCCUCGACUGAUUGUGUGCUAUGUGAGGGAGGCUAUGAAAUAGGUAAUAAUAUUUUCCUCACGUGUCAUACCUCUUGGAAGCUAUGGUCUAAAGUUUGUGAUUGGUUGGGGUUCUUUUGGGUGGUUCCGUCCACUGUGGGGGAGCAUUUCAUGUACUUUGGAGCUAGCAUUAGUGGGAGUAAGGUGAGGAAGGUUUUGACUCUGAUCUGGAUAGCAACAGUGGGAGUAAUUUGGCAUGUAAGGAAUGGUGUUGUGUUCAAUGGAGUUGAGGUGAAUCUAGUGAAGGCUCUUGACCUCAUUCAGUUCAGAGUUUUGAUGUGGCUCAAGGCCUGCAAGUUAUGGGUCUUGGUCAUGUUUCUUUUAGUUGGAUGUCUUAGCUUAAGCUUGCUUUGGCCUCAGUAUAUGGUGAUGUGUGUUCCCUUUCCUAUACCUUUCAAGUCGUGGGUGCUGUUAGGAGUUUGUUCUUUCAGUGGUGCUUGGAAGUUCUGCGUCUUUACUAGUGUUGGGGCUGCUUUGGACUGA